AUGUUUCACCUGGCAAAAGGACUAUACGAGUCGUGGAACAAGAAAGGACAGUACUCCGUACUGAUCCUCGGACUUGACAAUGCGGGAAAGACUACGUUUCUCGAAAAACUAAAAUCGAUAUAUACGCCGAAUGCCAAGACCAUCCCAAUUAAUCGCAUAUUGCCAACGGUGGGCCAGAACGUUGGAACCAUACCUAUGGAUGCUCACACCACACUGAAAUUUUGGGAUGUUGGCGGCCAGGAGACAUUGCGCGAGCUAUGGACCGAAUAUUAUGCCACAGCUCAUGGUAUCAUAUUUGUAAUCGAUUCAACAGACAAGGACCGGCUCGUGGAAUGCCAACGGGUGUUAAGCCAGGUGGUGACCAACGAGCUUAUCGAGGGUAUUCCAGUGCUGAUGCUGGCCAAUAAGCAGGAUAUCCCAGAUAAGCUCGAGGUGGAAGAUAUCAAAGAGAUAUUUAACGUUAUUGCUGAGCAUCUUAGCGCGCGAGAUAGCCGUGUGUUGCCGAUAAGUGCGAUUACGGGUGAUGGAGUCAAGGAAGCGAUAGAGUGGUUGGGCAUAAGACUUUCCAGAAAUAAGACCAAUAGGCCUCCGAUCUAUAAGUGA